UUUCUUGGACAUCUUUGGCUUACCUGUAGCAAAGCAGGCACCAAGCGCUGACCCUCGCCAUGGCCCUGCAACUCGCUUUCUGCUUCUUUGGUGUAGCGACCGCCCAGCGUUGGCUGGUCCCCAUCUCACAUGAGCACCACAAGCCGACGGUGGACACCAGUGUGUUGGGCAAUUUGAAGGAGACCAAAGUCCUAGAGAAGAAACAACUGGAUCUCAGCAUCACUCGUUCUCAUGCGUUGGUGGCACAGCUGGAGGUUGGGACACCCGCGCAGAAGAUGUCAUGUCUUUUGGACACGGGCAGUGCAGAUUUGUGGAUCCCAUCAAAGCGCUGCAAGAGUUGCGAGACUGAGCACCUCUUCCAUGCGGACCGUUCGAGCACCUUUAGCCCCGAACUGGUGAAGACGCUCUCUGGGCACCAAGCACCAGUGCCCGUGCACCUGAGCUAUGGCACAGGUGAUAUCGUUGGCUACAAGGUGGAGGAUACCGUUCUGUUUGGAGGAGCUGAAAUUAAGAAUCAAAGCUUCAUUAUCGUGGAAGAUGCGCAGCUGCCUCGACAGCGCGGCUGGGAUGGCAUUUGCGGCUUAGGUUGGAAGGGCAUCGCCCAGUUGGAGAAGCCCCUCUACGAGCGGCUUCAGGAUCAGGGCCGCAAGGCGAUCUUCUCCUUCGUCCCAGAGGGCACUUCAUCGGCUCAUAUGGUCUUGGGACAGGUGCCGCACUACGCAGUGAAGCCAGGCACUUUGGUCUGGACCGAUGCUGAACCUUUGGAACGAGGCCAUGAUGGGCGGAGCUUCUGGGUGGCCCGUGGGGGCAUUGCGGUGCACAAGCAGACACCGCACAAAGCGCGCUUUCUGGUGGACACAGGAACCAACCAAGUCCUUCUGGCACCACGGCACUUGUACAUGAGCAUCAUGCGCUCGGUGCUCCCACAGGAGAAGUUUAAUGAGCUUUGUGGUAUAGAUGAGAUGGCUGGAGGAGCCGUCUUCUGCGACUGCUCCAUCGUGGCACACUCCCAUGAUCUGCCGCCGCUCAAGAUCUUCCUGGCAGACCGGGCCUUUGAGCUCCCCAUCGGGGAGAUGUUCAGCCGGAUCCCCACGAAGGACGGCCGAGGGGAGGCAUGCCUCUUGGCCGUGCAGCCCAACAACUUGAACGUGGAAGCCAGCGGCUCAAUGCCCAUGCCCUUGCCCUUCGGAGGUCUUGGAGGACUUCUUCCAAAGAUGCCUGGCUUCAACCUUCCCUUCGAUCUUCCCGACCUCUUGGGCGGUGGUCUGCCUGGCUUCGGCCACAGCGGCUCCGGCCUGGGCCACGGACCGAGCCCAGCCGCGAGCGGACUGAGCGCACCCGGACCGAGCGCAUCGGGCGCUGCGUCCUCGCCCUUUGGAGCGGGGUUCCCGGGCUUCGAUGAGAAGUUCCCGGGCUUUGAUGGGAAGCCCUUUGGUUUGGGUAUCGGAAAGCUGGGCAAGGGCGUCCUGUCCGAACAGGUGAGGGAGGAGAUCCGCACGCGGCCUGAUGGCACCGUGUGCAAGUACAUCACCGUCACAGAGAACGGCCACGUGAAGAGCCGACGAGAAGAUUGUGGCAAACCCGGUAGUGACGUUCGUAGGUUGCAGCUGGUGGUGCCCAUGGAAGCUCAGACAGCAGGGAGCAGGUUCAAAGAGAGAUCAGGUUUAGAGACCUCAUUAAGGGAGGUAUCCUGGAAAUUCCAUUGGAUCCCGCCGGAGAGGAGGAGCCAGCAGAUGAUUUGUGGAUCUUGGGAGGUAUGUUCUUGGAGAGGUUUGUCGUCUCCUUCGACUUUGACCAGGGUCGCAUGGGCUUUGCCGAGCCGGUGGGAAAGACUCAGGACCUGGACACCAUCGGCAUGGCCCUGCGGCUCCGGGGCAUGGCCUCGGAGACCCGCUGGCAAGAGUCAAUGGGAAAGUUCGCAGCAGGCGUGCUGCUUUGCAGCUUGUUGGUCUCAGUGGUCUAUGCCACCGUGCGCGUGAAGAGGAUGGCUCGCGAGGAGCACUUGGUCGAGCACAUGAGAGUGGAAGUGGCCGAAGAGGAGUGACUGUUCGAAGAAGGAAGAACAAGGCCGUGCAGGAAGUCUGGCUGAUGUGCACAGUAGCUUGGCCCUGGUGAAUCUGAGGUAAACGGAGG